GCUUUCGGGACAUGACGGCCACACUACACACUUUCGAAGGCGAAUCCCCUCUAUCCAACCUAGCCGGCCCUUAGCCAUUGGCAUAAUAAAGGAGGCUCAAUUGGAGGCAGCAUAUCUCCUUGACCUCUUUUGCAGCCGUCUCUCCACUCUACAAUCGCCAUGUCAGGCCUCUACCGACUUGCUGGCCACAGCGCCAAGAGGUUAUGUCUGCGCCCGGCAGCAGUCACCUCCUUCGCCGCCCGCCCGUUCUCGACGACCUCCCUGCGCCGAUACGCCGAUGCCGCCCCCGAAUACCAAGGAACGCGCCUCACUCCUGUCUCGACCGACUUCUCUCGCGCCGAGGACCACUACAGCUUGACGCCGCCGAAGGACCAGGACACGACACCUGAGGAGUCUGUCGAGGACCGAAAGAUCCGCCACUACACCGUCAACUUCGGUCCCCAGCAUCCCGCCGCCCACGGUGUGUUGCGUCUGAUUCUCGAGCUCAAUGGCGAAGAGAUCAUCAGAGCCGAUCCUCACGUCGGCCUGCUCCACAGAGGUACAGAGAAGCUUUGCGAGUACAAGACGUACCUCCAGGCCCUCCCCUACUUCGACCGCCUCGACUACGUUUCCAUGAUGACGAACGAGCAAUGUUUCGCCCUUGCCGUUGAGAAGCUUCUCAACGUCGAGAUUCCCGACCGCGCCAAGUGGAUUCGUACCAUGUUCGGCGAGAUCACCCGUAUCCUGAACCAUCUCAUGUCCGUUCUGUCACACGCUAUGGAUGUUGGUGCUUUGACGCCUUUCCUGUGGGGUUUCGAGGAGCGUGAGAAGCUCAUGGAAUUCUACGAGCGUGUCUCCGGUGCCCGUCUCCACGCCGCCUAUGUCCGUCCCGGUGGUGUCCACCAGGACAUCCCGGUCGGUCUUCUCGACGAUAUCUACCAAUGGGCUACCCAAUUCGGUGACCGCAUUGACGAGACCGAGGAGAUGUUGACGGACAACCGUAUCUGGAUCCAGCGUCUUCAGGGCGUUGGUGUGGUCUCUGCCGCCGAGGCCCUCAACCUGUCAUUCACCGGUGUUAUGCUGCGUGGUUCCGGUGUCCCCUGGGAUAUCCGCAAGAGCCAGCCUUACGACGCCUACGGCGAGGUUGAGUUCGACGUGCCCGUCGGUGUCCGCGGUGACUGCUACGACAGAUACCUUUGCCGUAUGGAGGAGUUCAGACAGUCCCUGCGCAUCAUCCACCAGUGCCUCAACAAGAUGCCCGCUGGCCCCGUCCGCGUCGAGGACUACAAGAUCUCGCCCCCUCCCCGUGCUGCCAUGAAGGAGAACAUGGAGGCCCUUAUCCACCACUUCCUUCUCUACACUAAGGGUUACACUGUCCCCCCUGGUGAGACCUACUCCGCCAUCGAGGCCCCGAAGGGUGAGAUGGGUGUCUUCGUCGUCAGUGACGGCAGCGAGAGACCCUACCGUGUCCACAUCAGAGCCCCUGGUUUCGCUCACUUGGGCGGUUUCGACCACGUUUCCAAGGGCCACAUGCUUGCUGACGCUGUGGCGGUUAUCGGUACUAUGGAUUUGGUGUUCGGUGAGGUUGAUCGGUAAAGGGUGUAUCAGAGGAUGGAUAUCAAAAUGACUUUGAGGAACUUCUUUCCUUUUGUGUACUUGUAGAGUGAAGAGACAGAGCGCCGACGUAUAUACCGCAUUGUUCUCUUUUCUAGAAGAAUUUCGUACAGACCAUGGCAUGCAAAAUGUCUCUAGUCUACGUUCACUGAAUAAG